CAAGAUAGCCCCAUGUUGCCCGCUCGGGUAGCCAAUCACAGCGCAGGAUUUGAUUCAUCUUGCCCGCUCACGGAGCUAGCCAUAUAAUAAAUCUACUAACUAAUCUACUAACUAUGAAUAAAUGUACUUCAUUUAGUCUACUGGCCCACCCUUUUUGGCACACGCUGCAAGAGGCGCGGUUGGAAGCCUGAGAUCGAAACUGUCUCAAGAUGGCGACAGGAAGGAACUCAAAAUUUGACAAAGUUCUUGUCAUUGCUGGGGCGAUUGCAAGCAUUAAUAUUGUCUCUAUCCUGGGAACCUCUUUCUUGAACCUAAAUGAGAAAACCAAGUAUAAACUAAUUCUGAUUCAAGGUUUGCUGGCAACACAAUCGAUCAUGUUUUUUUCGGCGAGGUAUCUUUGGAUGAGACUGUGUUCUCCACUGCAAAGCCAUCCUUCAAAUGUAAACAGGGUUCUUUUCGCAUUUUUGACCACGGUUAUCACCUUAGCACAAGGUAGUAUCGUUCUGGGGAUGAUAUUUUCUGGUGUGGAGCCGCACUGGAUUUCUUUGGUGUCUUAUACUAGUUUAGGACUGUUGAUAGUAUGGACUACAACAACUGUCAUUUUCGAUGUUGCUGUGUGGAUACUUAACGUUCUAAAUAUGCGAUCUGGAUCCAUUACAUCAAGGACACAGUACACAAGGUCUCAAAUUAUGGCAAUUUUUAUAGUCUCCAACGCACUGGCGGUGUUAGCGCUGUAUAAUGGUCACAAAGAUCCAGUCGUGAAAAAGGUUGUAAUUCCACUGAGAAAUCUUCCACCCGAAUUGAAUGGAUUUACAAUUGUGCAUCUACCAGAUCUGCAUGUUGGACCGACUGUUGGAAAGGCUAUGCUCGAAAGAGCAGUUAGAACAACAAAUCAGUUGAAUGCAGAUGUCAUUGCUGUAACUGGAGAUUUGGUUGAUGCUACUGUGUAUCAGCUUCGACAGACAGUUAAACCAUUGCUCAAACUGAAGGCAAGAUAUGGUGUAUACUUUGUGACAGGGAACCAUGAGUAUUAUACUGGUGAUGUUGAUGGAUGGCUUAAAGAGUUGGAAUAUCUUGGUGUGACUCCACUCCAUAAUGCUCAUGUAAUGUUAACAUAUCCAAACAAACCUCAUGCAAAACUUUGCCUGGCUGGUGUAGAUGAUGUAGAGGCUAGAUUUCUCAGAUCAGAUCAUGGUAGUGAUUUUAGCAAGGCACUGGCAGGAGUUGACAGCAACACUCCAACAAUUCUCCUUGCUCACCAGCCAAAAGCUGGAAAGAUGGCUCUGGAUGACUACAGUGUUGAUCUUGUUCUAACUGGCCACACCCAUGGUGGACAGUUGUUUCCCAUACAUCUGUGGCAUCUUGUGCGAGAACCAUAUUUUGCAGGAUUGUACCAGCACAAGUCCGGAGGUUAUGUCUAUGUGUCUAGUGGAGUUUAUUUCUGGGGCAUGCCAAUGAGAUUAUGGUCAGAGGCUGAAAUAACUCAUAUUACUUUAACUACUACCAAAUAAAUAUCAAAUUUCUACAAGCUCAGUUCUAUCAAGGAAGCCGAGUUUUAACAUUCAGCCCUGGCUGGAGUCACUGCAGUGUGUUCUUGAUCAAGAUACUGCCUCUUUCUACCCAGGAGUAUAAAUGGGUACUGGCAAAUUAUUAUCAUAAACACAAUUGCUGUCAGAGAAAGUUGUAGGUCUCCAGAAUUUUUGUUUUCUGUGAGGUAAGGCAUAUGAAACCGGCAUUAUAUCUAUGGAAAAACAAUGAAUUAGAUAUUAAGUUAAAAUGGCAAAUGUCAUUACUUUAUUUGGGAAAUACUUUUCUAGGGGAAUUACUGCAUAAAUUUACAAAGCUCUAAAAUAUAACAAACCAAAGUAGAGAGUGUCAAGGGUAUGAAUUUGUAGUUAUAAAAGUUAUUAUGAUUGUAAUUUAUUGUUUAUUAUUGUAAGCGUGAAAUUUAAAUUUCAGCAUACAAAAUAAAAUGUUGCACUUUUCUUCAUAAAUGGAUUUCACAUUACUUUUCUUUUUGAAACAAAAAAUUGUAAAGUUUGUUGUCAUAAACUGGAGAUAAGGUAGAGAAAACAAGUCAGGAGAAAAAAUGACUCAGACCUGGCAUGAGUAGUGCCCUCCUCCCAACAUGGCCUGUUCAUUCAC